AUGCCGCGUUCGUUCCUGGUGAAGAAGAUCAAAGCGGAUGGCUUCCAGUGCAGCGGGGUGCCAGCCCCCACCUACCACCCCCUGGAGACUGCCUACGUGCUGCCCGGCGCCCGCGGGCCUCCGGGGGACAACGGUUAUGUGGCGCACUGCCUGCCCACCAGCGGCUACGAUGGCGAGCAGAAGCCUGGGCUGGAACUGGCGCCCGCCGAGCCCGCAUACCCGGCCGCGGCGUCGGAAGAGUACAGCGAUCCCGAGAGCCCGCAGUCCAGCCUGUCGGCGCGCUACUUCCGCGGGGAGGCGGCCGUGACCGACAGCUACUCCAUGGACGCCUUCUUCAUCUCCGACGGGCGCUCGCGGAGGCGCCGGGCCGGGGCUAGCGGGGACGCGGCAGGCGCGGGCGACGCCGGCGGCGGCGCGGAGCGCGCGGGUCGCUCGGGGGCGACAGCGGGCGCCGGGCAUCGGCACGCAUGCGCAGAGUGCGGCAAGACGUACGCCACGUCGUCGAACCUGAGCCGCCACAAGCAGACGCACCGUAGCCUGGACAGCCAGCUGGCGCGCAAGUGCCCGACGUGCGGCAAGGCCUACGUGUCCAUGCCCGCGCUCGCCAUGCAUGUGCUCACGCACAACCUGCGCCACAAGUGCGGCGUGUGCGGCAAGGCCUUCUCCCGGCCCUGGCUGCUCCAGGGCCACAUGCGCUCGCACACCGGCGAGAAGCCCUUCGGCUGCGCGCACUGCGGUAAGGCCUUCGCCGACCGCUCCAACCUGCGCGCGCACAUGCAGACGCACUCGGCCUUCAAGCAUUACCGCUGCCGCCAGUGCGACAAGAGCUUCGCUCUCAAGUCCUACCUCCACAAGCACUGCGAGGCCGCAUGCGUCAAGGCUGCCGAGCCGCCGCCCCCCGCCGGCCCAGCCAGCUGA